AUGACAUCCCUCCUGUCAACUACGGCUGCGUUUCUUGUGACUGCGAGCAUAGCAGCAGCAGCAGCGAAUGGAACAGGCAAAAGAGGUCUUGUAUAUAAUAACAACAACGUUUACGGGGAUGCGACCUACGCAAAUGACUUCUUUGCUAUUUCUUCCCAAGUGACCUGGGCGUAUGACUGGGGCUAUCCUUCACACAAUCUUUCAUUAGUUUUUGAGUUUGUCCCUAUGCUUUGGGGAUUACCCUCCGGCGACGCUCCAGAUUGGACGGAUGCAGUACAAAUGGCUGGCACAGUGAACAUCCUCGGUUUCAAUGAGCCAGACCUCACAUACUCCGGCUCUUCCAACCUCCUCCCUGCGGCCGCUGCUCAACGCUACAUAACCUAUAUGGAGAGGUUGAGAAGCACCGUCCGCAUCGGUGUCCCCAAUGUCCUCUGGAACAACUACGACAGCACAUCGUCCGGCGGCGACUACAGCUCCCGAGUAUGGACAAGUUAUUUCAUGGGUAACUGCACUGACUGCCACUUCGACUUUGCAUGCAUUCACUGGUACCAGGACUGCGAACCUGGAAACAGUGAAUCUGGUGCCGAUUGGUUCACUAGUAAUGUCACCGAUGCUUAUAAUACAUUGCAGCUGCCCCUAUGGAUCACGGAGUUUCAGUGCUAUGGAAAUGAUGAUCAGCAGGUGAGUUUCUUGCAAAGUGUGAUGCCUUGGUUGGAUACUCAGGAUUAUGUUGAGAGAUAUGCUUACUUUGGGGUUUUCCCUGAUUAUUUGCUCGAUGAUGCAGGCGAUGCGCUCAGCGCGGCGGGACACGCAUACAUAUCAUCAUAA